AAUACAUCGGGCAACGAGGUCGCCGGCGACGGAUGACGAUCACCGGGGUGUCCCCUCCCCCCGGGGCUGGAAGGGACGGGUUGCAGGCGGUUGCAGCAGACACGGUCUUAUUGACCUCAUUAUUACUAUUUUCUUCUUCUUCUAUUGAAUGUUUACUGUCUCAUUUCCCCGCGUGCUUGAGACUAAGCGAUCUUGGUAGCUUCGUCGUCGCAGGUGUUGUGGGGGGGGGAGCGAGAACCCGAUGGCGAGCAAAAUGAAGAGGAUCGUUCGGCAGUUGGUUAGCCUCGACAGCAAGCAAGUAGCGAGAUGCGUGAUAACAGGGGGGGAGGUCUCGACUCGACGUCCCUUUUCCGGAAUCGACGGGCGCCAGUGCCGCCGCGCAGACAAGUUGGUUGAUGACGGUGAUCAGAGGUGUGGUGGCGGCCUGGGACGGGAUCGCCCAGGGCGGAAAGAGAAGAAAGAAACGGGAAAUGGGAGAGUUGAGGAAGAUGGGACGUUCUGGUUUGAGUGGCAGGCAGGGGUUUGGGAGAAUCGCCUCGGUUGGGAUGUUGUUGUUGUCGUCGUCGUCGUCGUCGUCGUGCAUGGCGUAGUAUCGCCCCAAAACGUCGUUGAGUGCCGACACUGCAAGAGACGAUCGUCCGAGCGGCGGCGAGAGUCUGAUGCUCUGCUCCUCCUCCUCCUCCUCCUCCCCAGCAUGCAUCGCCAACAUCGUGGGCGGAGUCACGACUGCGGCCAGACUUCCCCCAGGCCAUGUCUCUCUCCCGCUUGGCGAGGCUCAAACACAGCCGUCUCCGAUGGCAUCACAGACCGCCAAGAGCAGAGCCUCGGGUUUCCUCUCAGCCUACCCAUCUGGCCGUUUCAGCUAGCCGACUAGGGGAUGGGGAGAGGCGUGGGAGUGCCGGCCAGUUUAGCCUGGAGAGGGCCCAU